UAUUCUCAGAAACAACUCUCUAACCAAGUGUCAGGCCCCUCUCCUCUUUCUACCGCCUUCACACUUUGCUUAGUUCAAAGCCCUCCUCCCGCUUUCUCUCUAUUCUCUUCCCCGCCGCCGAUAACCCAUAUAUUCCUCUUUCCGGCGCAGAAACGACCGCCAAGCUUUCACACCGAUGGACAUUGAUUCCGAUUUCCAGAAAAUGAACAUCGCCUCACACCAACAACAGGUCGGGGGCGCUUCAUCGGUGCCAAUGGACGCUGAGGAAGACGACCCUUCCGUCGUCAAAGGUAAAGAGGCUGAGGACCUCCAUGGUUCAAUGGAGAAACUUAAUAUUGAGGAAUCAUCCACCAGCUUCAAGAAAAAACCUGUUAUUAUUAUUGUUGUAGGCAUGGCAGGGAGUGGUAAAACAACCUUUCUUCAUCGUUUGGUUGCCCAUACUCAUCAAUCCGGUAUUCGUGGCUAUGUGAUGAACCUCGACCCGGCUGUGUUGACUCUUCCAUUCGGUGCAAACAUUGACAUCCGGGAUACUGUUAAGUACAAGGAAGUGAUGAAACAAUUCAACCUUGGACCUAAUGGUGGGAUUUUGACCUCGCUCAAUUUGUUUGCGACCAAGUUUGAUGAGGUUAUCAACGUUAUCGAGAAGCGAGCAGAUCAGCUUGAUUAUGUUCUUGUGGACACUCCUGGUCAGAUUGAGAUAUUCACUUGGUCAGCAUCUGGUGCUAUCAUCACAGAAGCAUUUGCUUCAACAUUUCCUACUGUUGUGACUUAUGUAGUUGAUACACCUCGCUCAGCUAGCCCAGUUACUUUUAUGAGCAACAUGCUUUAUGCUUGUAGUAUCCUCUACAAGACAAGGCUGCCCCUUGUGCUGGCAUUCAACAAAAUUGACGUGGCUAAACAUGAAUUUGCUUUGGAGUGGAUGCAGGAUUUUGAGGCAUUUCAAGCAGCAGUGAGUGAAGACCACUCAUACACUUCAACUUUAACAGAGAGCCUCUCCCUUGUGUUGGAUGAAUUCUAUAAGAACUUGCGGUCUGUUGGAGUGUCUGCUAUUUCUGGUGCUGGAAUGGACGCCUUCUUUAAGGCUAUUGAAGCAAGUGCUGAGGAGUACAUGGCCACCUAUAAGGCUGAUCUGGACAAGAGACGUGCAGAAAAGGAGCGUUUAGAGGAGGAAAAUAGGAGGGAGAACAUGGAGAAGUUGAGGAAGGAUAUGGAGCAAUCCAGGGGAGAAAAUGUGGUCUUGAGCACUGGUUUGAAGGACAAUGGAGAGAGGAGCAAGGCCAUGAUGGAUGAGGACGAGGAUGAGGAACUGGACGAGGAUGAGGAGAUAAUAACUGAAGAUGAGGAUGUCAUAGAUGAGGAUGAAGAUGAUGAAGAUAGCAAGUUCCCCUUUUAGUGAUGAUGCUUCUUUACUGGGCGGAUGAUAUCUUUUGGAGCAAGCAGACUUUGUAAGUAUUAGCAAACUAACUAGUUACCAAGGGGUGGAUUUGACUAUCAUUUUAGAUGUUCCACACCUUUUUGCUGUGUUGAAACUUGAUGGCAAUGCCAGUACUUUGAAUACUUUGUGAUCAUUCUUCAACAUUUUGGUGGUUGAAAAUGAAAUCAGGUCUCUCUUAAUACAUGAAUUAUUAUUGAUGGAUUUUGAUGCC